ACUAAUCAUCUUCUCGGUGCGGAACCUUAUCUUCUUCGUCCUCUAGUCUAAACAAAAGAAAUGACAAAAGAAAUCGGAGCUGAACAUGAACAUCCUCCUCCGACACUACUCACCCUCUUCGAUUCUUUCUGGUUCGAAUACGAGAUUCUCACUUCGAAAAAUUCAGCAACAACAUUAUCAUCCAAGACCCAGGAAGACACAGAAAAUCCCAACAAUGAGCUUUCCAAAGCCCCCACAACUUAUAUAUCUGGAUCUUUCAUUGACAAAUGUUUGCGCUCCGAAAACCCCUCCAUUGAUUCAGAAGAGCCCUCUCCCGAGUCCGUUCUUCUCGAGCCCAGGCCUCAGCUCCAACCCAUUCUUUCCGGCAAGGAAUUCUCCGAUCAGACGAGCAUCGCUAACAGUAGCAGCGGUGAUGAUGUGAGCUUCAGGAACAUAAAGAGCAGCGGCAGGAGGAUGAGAAGGAAGGAUAGUAUUAAAAGGAACAGUAAGAGCUUAUCAGAUCUUGAGUUUAAAGAAGUAAAAGGGUUUAUGGAUCUAGGGUUUGUGUUCUCGGAUGAGGAUAGAGAUUCAAAUCUGCUGGUUUCAAUCAUCCCUGGACUGCAAAAGAAAGGGGUUUCUGAAUAUGGUGGAAUGAUUGCAGCAGAUGUUUCAAGGCCUUACCUUUCAGAAGCUUGGGAUGCUAUGGAAGAAGAAAAGAGGGAUAAUGAUAAUUAUAGUAGUAGUCAGGGUCAAAUUGGGAAUUGGAGAAUUCCAUCUGCUUUUGGCAAUGAAAUGGAAAUGAAAAAUCAUCUUAAGUUCUGGGCUCAUUCUGUCGCGUCUAAUGUUAUAUAACACAGCUCAGCCCUGUUACGUAUGUAAACGAAUCAAUUUAUCAGAGAUCAUAUGCCUGUAUUAUUUUUUACUUGUGCGUAUAACUUAGCCCUCCAAUUCCUUUAUGAAAACCAAAUCUCUGAAAUUAGUGUUAUUGCCUAAGUGUGCUGUCUUUCACUCUGCGUCUGCUAAUUUUCUGACUGUAGUGACUGCUGUUUUUAGAUUUUUAACAGGAGCCACUUUUCAUUAUGAACGGAUUGAACCUCUCAGUGUAUUUUGUCUCGGAUCCCAUUGUUGUCUCGAGGAGCACAACAAGGGUGUUGCAUCUACAAAAUCGGAUAUUCACUCGCCAACUAAUAUGAUGGAGCAAUGACUUGAGAAAAUAGAGUCAGAGGGUUGGAUGAGGAACUGAGACUGUUGGAAAGGAGGGAUGGAGGCUGCCAUGAAGGAGAAAGCUACAUGAGUUUCUAUGAUGAGGGGUUGUUUUCUUUCAGAACUCUAUUGUGCUAUUGAGUGUGAGGAGGAAUAUACCAGCAGAAGAGAGAAAAGUGAGGCUUUGUAUUCUCCACCAUUGUUGAAGAAGAGGGUUCUAAUGCAGUGGUCAUAUGGAUUCUCUACCCAGGCCUUUUGUUCAAGGGAUUAGAGCCCGAAAGACUGGGUAAAGUGAUCCGAAAGCACAUCCCCUGAGAAUUGCGUGGACCUAUUCAUAUUCUGGUGAGAUUGGCUUUGAUACAAGAAGAUAUAGAGAAAUCACCAUUGGCACUUUCAAGCCAGAAUACUUUAUUAUGAGUAGUUUUCUAAGGGGGUAUCUUUGAUAUAUUAAUAACAGUAUUCUAUGGAAGAACAUAUCUCAAUUUACUCAAGUAACAGGCAAACUUAGUGAUAUAAGUAUAUAACCUGACACUUUUCAUUCAUUUUAUCAAGAGACUGAC